UCUGUGUUGUAUCAGGUGGAUCCAGACACUGGUCUCAUCAACUACGACCGACUGGAGGAGAACGCCCGGCUGUUCCACCCUAGACUGAUCAUCGCAGGUACCAGCUGUUAUUCCCGUAACCUCGACUACGCUCGGCUGCGUCGUAUCGCCGAUGAGAACGGAGCUUUCCUAUUGGCCGACAUGGCACACAUCAGCGGACUGGUGGCGGCCGGGGUCGUCCCGUCUCCGUUCGAGUACUGUGACGUGGUCUCCACGACAACCCACAAGACGCUGCGGGGCUGUCGCUCCGGGGUCAUCUUCUACAGAAAGGGAAUACGUAGUGUGGACCCUAAGGGAAAGGAGACUCUGUAUAAUCUGGAGUCUCUCAUCAACCAGGCAGUGUUCCCAGGACUACAGGGAGGACCCCACAACCACGCCAUCGCAGGUGUGGCCGUGGCCCUGAAGCAGGCUCUGACCCCAGAGUUCAAGGCGUAUCAGUACCAGGUGCUCUCUAACUGCAGAGCGAUGGCCAACGCCCUCAUCAACCACGGGUACAAGAUCGUCACCGGGGGUUCUGAUAACCAUCUGAUCUUACUGGACCUGAGACCCAACGGGACGGACGGAGGACGAGCUGAGAAGGUUCUAGAAGCUGCUGCCAUCGCCUGCAACAAGAACACCUGUCCAGGUGAUAAGAGUGCGCUGCGUCCCAGCGGUCUGAGGUUCGGCUCUCCUGCUCUGACCUCCAGAGGAAUGGUUGAAGACGACUUCAGGAAGGUCGCAGAGUUCAUCCACAGAGGUAUCCAGAUGACCCUGGACCUCCAGGCCUCUCUGCAGCCCAAGGCGACCCUGAAGGAGUUUAAGGAGGCCCUGGCAGGGGAGGGGAAGCACCAGGAGAGGGUAUCAGAGCUGAGGGGGGAGGUGGAAGCUUUCGCUGGGGGGUUCCCCAUGCCUGGUCUGGAGGAACUUUAAAGACCUGUUUUCAAGAUGAAAUGUUUUCAUGUCACCUCAUCAUACCUCUGCUGUCCUCUGCCUUACCGGUUUGACUGACUGUUUCCUUCUCUGCUGUCCUCUGUCUUAACGGUUUGACUGACUGUUUCCUUCUCUGCUGUCCCCUGUCUUAACGGUUUGACUGACUGGUUUGUCCUCUGCCUUAACGGUUUGACUGACUGGUUUGUCCUCUGCCUUAACGGUUUGACUGACUGGUUUGUCCCCUGCCUUAACGGUUUGACUGACUGGUUUGUCCUCUGCCUUAACGGUUUGACUGACUGGUUUGUCCCCUGUCUUAACGGUUUGACUGACUGGUUUGUCCCCUGCCUUAACGGUUUGACUGACUGGUUUGUCCUCUGCCUUAACGGUUUGACUGACUGGUUUGUCCCCUGCCUUAAAGGUUUGACUGACUGGUUUGUCCUCUGCCUUAACGGUUUGACUGACUGUUUCCUUCUCUGCUGUCCUCUGUCUUAACGGUUUGACUGACUGUUUCCUUCUCUGCUGUCCUCUGUCUUAACGGUUUGACUGACUGGUUUGUCCUCUGCCUUAACGGUUUGACUGACUGGUUUGUCCUCUGUCUUAACGGUUUGACUGACUGGUUUGUCCUCUGCCUUACCGGUUUGACUGACUGUUUCCUUCUCUGCUGUCCUCUGUCUUACCGGUUUGACUGACUGGUUUGUCCUCUGCCUUAACGGUUUGACUGACUGGUUUGUCCUCUGUCUUAACGGUUUGACUGACUGUUUCCUUCUCUGCUGUCCUCUGUCUUACCGGUUUGACUGACUGGUUUGUCCUCUGCCUUAACGGUUUGACUGACCGGUUUGUCCCCUGCCUUAACAGUUUGACUGACCGGUUUGUCCCCUGCCUUAACAGUUUGACUGACCGGUUUGUCCCCUGCCUUAACAGUUUGACUGACUGUGUUUCCUUCUCUGCCUUAACAGUUUAAUGUAAUGAAACCCAACACCAAUAAAACUCAAAGAUGUGGAACACA